GCGAUCUGUAUGCCCAGUGGCGGGCUGCCCUGCAUCCUCAUGUCCAAAAAGGAGGUCUUCUUGAUGCCGAGGAUUUUCCCUUGGAGGCCUUCCUGAAGCAGGUUGCCGCUGUUGUGCCCUUGACGGAAGUGGAGGCCAAAGAGAAUGCCACCGCUGACCUCAAGGAGGAGCUUCUAGUCAUGCAAGCCAGAAUUCACAAUGCUCGGGAGACGGAGGCCGACUUGCUUGCGCGUCGCGCCCACUUUUCAGCGGAGUCAGCGAUGCUUCGAGUGGAGCUGCAGGAACAGCGCUCCACGAAUCGAGGCUGGGGCGAGGGGCGCCUCAUGGACACCAAACAUAGGGUCCAGCUCCGCCAUGAGCAGGCACAGCUUCUGGAAGACCAGGAGCAGAUUCGGUCGUUUGAGGCCGCAGCCACGAGAAACAGAGAGGAAGCGGCCGCCCUUCGGAGGCAGCAGGAGCCCUUGCGGCAGCGGGCUGCGCAGCUUGAGGAGCGCGCUCGCAGAACCCAGGGCGGAGGGGCGGAGUUGCGCAAAACGGUAGAGGCGCAGGAGUACGAAUUGGGCCGUCACAAGCUGGUCCAUGUUUGGCGAGGCGAGGUGGCCGAGGCCCAAAAAGUUGGCCAAGAGCAUCAGAAUGAGGCACUUGCACUGCUUCGAAGUACUGCGCGUAUUCGCGCAGACACGGAGAAUGCAGAGGAGGAUGCAUUUGACGCCCGCAAGCUUGAGGUAGGUCCCGCCCUCUGCGAAGAAUGUGGUGGCGUCAUGGAACCUUGGAGGCAUCGCUUUGACAUGGUCCAUGCCUGCAUCCGCAUGAUCGCCAAAGAGGGCAAAGGCUUUAGACCGGAGGUGUUAACCUUCUCGGCGCUGUCUCCGAGCAGAGGCGUGGUCUGGGACAUCCAUGAGUUUCGGAACUUCAACGCCUGGCGGAACAAGAAAGUCCUCACUGAGGCUACAGUGCUGGGUCCGCCUCUGCAGGUGGUGCGUGGGGAGCUGGACAGCACAUGCGGAGUCGAGGUGAAGAGCUUCAACACGUGCUUCACCAGCGCCAGCUACUUGAAGAAAUUCGCCAGGAAUGUCACGCGCCAUGCAGCUGAGGAGGAUGGCGUUGCUGUUCUGGUGGUCGUGGACCCACAGGGCGUGGAGGUUGCCUCCUUUGGCGCUGGCCGCGGAUUCUUCGCCUCCGAAGCCAAGCGCCAACCCAUCCGGCAGGUCAUGGUUCUGCUGGGUCCCACUGAUCCCAACAUCCCCCAGGAUCGGGAGGACCUCAUCCAAGCCUGCAAAGAGGGCGGUUGUCCCGAGCCCCUCCGCCUAGCGCUGACGUCCUGGCGACUGCCCAACGCGGCAGUCGGAGAUCUCCUGAUGCAGCAUGACCGACGGGAGCUACUUCCUCUGCUUGAGGACCUCCGGGCAGUUGGGGAGGAGCAGUACAAAGAAUUCCUGUCGCGCUUUCAAGCGACGCUGCGGAUCAUCGCUCUUCACGGUGGCCAGGAUCACCUCGUGGAGCAGUUUCAUCGAGCUGCAACUCAGCGGCCGAAGCCUUUGAAGGGGCUUCCCCCUUGGCGCCGACGACAGCGUGGCAAGGAGCCUCCUGCCUGGCUGGAGGAUGGAGACUCUUCGAAAUCCACCUCUGCCGCCACUGAGGAGACCUCCGUACCUUCGCUGCUCUCCUCGUCCUCCAUGGGCUCCGCUCAGCCGUCGCAGCCGGCGAAUCCGCCGCGGGCGGUCGAGAAGAAACCGCCGCCACGGCAACUGCAGCCAACUGCCAAAAAGCGGGCUCGGAUUGAGGCUGAGCAGCAGCAUGUCGAUGAGAUCGGAGAUGUGGAUGAGUGUGAGCUGGUGCCAGAUGACACAUAG